AUGUCAUCUUCUGCGAGCCUCUCUGAUGGCGAGAGAAUCCGCCAAAUGAUAUCCAGCCUUUCUCCGGAUGCAAUCGCACGCCUCAUCCCGCAAGAGAAGAUCAAAGAGCUCCUCAGGGCGCAGAAAUCGAACGAACAGCCUCUGGAAUCCGCCGUGGUCGCAAACCAGCCUGCCUCAGCUGUGUCUCGCAAGAAGAAGAAGGUCAACGGCUUCAUGGCAUUUCGCUCAUACUACGCCGGGAUUUUCUCAGACCGCCCUCAGAAGGAGAGAUCACCUCUCAUCACGACUCUGUGGCAGACGGAUCCAUUCAGGCCAAGAUGGGCCAUAAUGGCCAGCGUCUUCUCACGAGUGCGAGACUUUGCUGGCACUACGAAGGGCCGCAUUGUCAUGUCGGGGUUUCUUCGGGUCGCCUGCCCCCGGAUGGGCAUCCCGAAGCCCAGCGACUACCUGAGAUGUCUCAACUGGCAGGUGGUUUCGAGUGCAGCAGCAGGGUCUAAGACUAGAUUGGAUCUCACUCUUCACCAGACCGCCGUGCCUCCAGUUGCCGACCAAGUUCAGGUGCCCAUGACCGAGCUCGAGCUCCUGCGAGCUUGCCUCCAGGGUGGCUUUCCAUUCGAAAACAGCUCCCAGCUUCUGAGGCAGAUGGAGGACAGCUCUGUGACCAUCAUGACCCAGACAGCUCCGCCUUCUGGUGAUGUGCGAGCUUCGAGCAGAGAAAUCAACCAGGAGUACACCAACACCCUCAUCAGCGAUCCAACCGAUACGGUUGCUUCCCUUCUUUCUCCCAACGGGGAUAUAUCCAACUUUCUGGUCGACAUUCAAAUCAUCCCCACUUUCCAGGCCCAAGAUACAACUCCAAUCCAGCAAGACGACACAGCACCCCCCCUGCAGCACAACAUGCUCUUCGACGACAUGCUCUUCGACGACAUGCUCUUCGACGACAUGCUCUUCGACGAUAUCUCAGUCGACUAUUACGGCAUGCUUCCUGCCUCAGGCCAACUCCCCGCUGGCCAUCGGGACACACCGUUCGACUACUCGCACUCCACAAUAGGUCUCUGGUAG